AUGUUUGCGUUAUACGCCUUCAUCCUUGUAUUGUCAGCAUACUGGAUAUACAAAAUAUCAAAAUCUCGAAUUAAGAAAGUACCCGGACCAAAAGGUCUUCCAAUCGUGGGGAAAGGUCUGGAGUUUAACUCCAGUAAUUUACUCCAGAAAUUUGAUGAACUGUCGAAAGAAUAUGGGGAUUUUUUUCUGGUGAAUCUGUUUGGUAUUGAUUACCUGAUUUUAAACUCAGAGAAUGCUAUCAGAGAAGUUUUAACGGACACACAUCUGAAAGCCUAUACAAACGACCGUAGUCCGACGUUCUGGGGCGAGUAUGCUUAUUAUGGCAGCCAGAGUGUGGCCUUUUACCAAGAAGGUUACAGCCACGUACACAGCAAGAUGAGAAAAUACAUAGCGAAAGGGUUACACUUUUACGGAGAAGAUGGACGAGACAUUUUUGAGAGUAACGUUUUCUCUGAGCUUGGAAAUUUCGCUAAAAAGAUCGAACGGUUGAGGGUGAGAGGUGAGGAGGCUGAUAUGAUGGCACUCAUUCAAAGGUCGCUGUCGAAUGUCGUCUCUGUUGCAUUAUCUGGCGAGGUGAUACCGGAAGGGAACGAAGAUGAGGACAUGUUCUGGAAAAUCAUUGACACUAAUAGCUAUUUCUUAGCCAAUGCCCGAGACGCCAUUUUAUCCGCCCUUCCUAUCCUCCGCUUCCUGCCCGGACCGUACAGUCGCAUGUGGCAGCGUCUUAACGAUGGCAAGGCAAAAGUCAUCAAAAACUACUUUGUAUCCCAAAAGAAGACACACAUCUCUGGAAAACCACGUGGUAUCUGCGACAUGUUUUUUGACGCCCAGGAGGAGGAGAAGGCGGACGGUGACAUGGUGCUGACAGAUGAAAGAGUAAUCUCUAACAUACUAGAAGUGGUCGUAGCAGGAAUCAUCACGUCGUGGUCACUUCUUAGUUCCACCAUGUUCCUCCUUCUCCACCACCCGGAGUUCCAAGAUCGCCUGGCCAAGGAGCUACAAGCAGUUGCCGGACAGGGUGAAGAAGUAACAAGUAAAGACAAGGUCAAGUCACCACUCAUGGAAGCCCUGGAGUUAGAGACCCAUCGUUUGCUGCUGGUGAACCCAACGCUUUUAACCAGGCUGUCCAGAAAGGAUGUAGAGUAUAAGGGUUGGAUGCCAUUCGGACUUGGCAAGCGCUCUUGUAUAGGGGAACCAUUCGCCCGCGCCCGCUAUUUCCUUUACGUGGCGACCCUGCUACGCAACUGGAGAUUAUGUCCUUCCAAAGACCAGCCACUACGGGACUAUGAUCCUCGACACGUGGAAAAUUUUGACAUUGAAUUUACAUUAUCUGGCGAGGCGAUACCGGAAGGGGACAAAGAUGAGGACAUGUUCUGGAAAAUCAUUGACACAAAUAGCUACUUCUUAGCCAAUGCUCGAAACGCCCUUCUAACCGCCCUUCCUGUCCUCCGCUUCCUGCCCGGACCGUACAGUCGCAUGUGGCAGCGUCUUAACGACGGCAAGGCAAAAAUCAUCAAAAACUACUAUGUAUCCCAAAAGAAGACACACAUUCCUGGAAAACCACGUGGAAUCUGCGACACAUUUUUUGACGCUCAGGAGGCGGAGAAGGCGGACGGUGACGUGGUGCUGACUGAUGAACGAGUUAUAUCUAACAUAUUAGAAGUGGUCGUAGCAGGAAUCAUCACGACUUGGUCACUUCUCAGUUCCACCAUGUUCCUCCUUCUCCACCACCCGGAGUUCCAAGACCGCCUGGCCAAGGAACUGCAGGCAGUUGCGAAACAAGGCGAAGAAAUCACAAGUAGGGAUUAA